UUCUUAGUCAAACAUCUUAGAAAAAAUCAAUUGUAAAACAAGAAAAAGGAAAUUGGGAAAAUGGUUCCAAAGUUUGCCCAAUUGUUUGUCUCAACUUUGCUGCUAUUAACUCCAUUGCUAUCUAUAGCAGAUGGUCGAGAUAUUGGUGUUUGCUAUGGAUUAAAUGGAGAUAAUCUUCCACCUCCAAAUGAAGUAAUUAAUCUUUACAAAAGAUGUCAAAUUGAUAAUAUUAGGAUCUAUCAGCCGUACCCUGAAGUGCUCGAAGCAUUAAGAGGAUCGGGAAUAUCAGUGACGAUCGGUCCGAGAAAUGAGGACAUAGCGAGCUUCGCAACGAGCCAAGAUGCAGCCAAUGAUUGGGUUAACACUAACAUCGUCCCAUACGCGGACGAUAUUGUAUUCAGAUGGAUCACCAUAGGCAACGAAGUCAUUCCAGGACCAUUAGGCUCAAAUGUCCCUGCUGCCAUGAACAGCAUCCGAAAUGCACUUGACUCGGCCGGGAUAACCUUGGCUAAGGUCACAACCGUACUGCCUGGAACUGCCCUGGCAGCCUCGUAUCCUCCAUCUGCUGGUGCUUUCGGAAGUGAUAUAACGGAGACUAUGACCGGUAUUGCUGCGAUCCUGGCUCAAGAGGAUACACCCCUUUUGAUCAAUGUAUACCCUUACUUUGCCUACGCAUCGGAUCCUUCUCAUAUUUCUGCCCAAUACGCCAUGUUCACUUCUACUGCGCCUGUGGUGAUCGAUGGAAGCUUCCAAUAUUUCAACCUCUUUGAUGCCAUGGUUGAUGCUUUCAAUGCUGCACUUGAAAAGAUCAACUUUGGCAACGUGAAAGUCGCUGUAGCCGAGACCGGAUGGUCAACAGUCGGAAAUGAGCCCUACACGAGUGUGGCCAAUGCUCAAACUUACAACCGUAACCUGUUGAAUCAUGUGACGCAGAACGGAACACCAAGAAGGCCUGACUAUAUAAUGCCCACAUUUUUCUUUGAGAUGUUCAAUGAAGACUUGAAGGGAAAUGUAGUUGAGCAGAAUUUUGGAUUCUUCUACCCCAGCAUGCAACCUGUCUAUCCUUUUUGGUGAUUUCAAUAUUGCUUUCAAAAUUAUGGUAAUUUGAUUUUGUAUUUAAUAAUUUAAUGCUUUUUAAUUACAUCAUAGCUCAAAGAAUAAAGUCUAUGAAAAGGGAUAUAGUAUUUGCAAAUCCUCGUUUAAAUAAGACG